AUGGGUGGUAUGCCGGAGAAGUGUGGUGACCCCGGUCCUUGCCUAGUCACUUGCACUAUAGACGGGGUGCAAUUUGUUGAUUGCAUGUAUGAUCUAGGCGCUUGUGUGAGCAUUAUGCCUUUGUCUGUUUAUGAGGUCUUGAAGCUUCCACCGUUGAAAUGGUCGGCCGUCCGGUUUGUUUUGGCGGAUAAAAGCAUAAUUUCUGUAGUUGGCAUUGCGGAGGAUGUUCUAGAGCAUUGCAUGGAGGUGUUUAUGGACGAUUUUAGUGUUUAUGGGGACUCCUUUGACCUUUGUUUGGAUAACCUUGCAAAAGUAUUAGAGAGGUUUAUUAACUCAAACCUUGUGCUCAACUUUGAAAAAUGCCACUUUAUGGUGAGACAAGGUAUUGUUUUAGGUCACAUCGUCUCUAAUGAUGGUAUUUCUGUUGAUCCGAUAAAGGUCGAUGUUAUUUUUAGUUUGCCUUACCCCUCUUCUGUGAGGAAAGUCCGUGCUUUUCUUGGUCAAGCAGGUUUCUACCGGUGUUUCAUCAAGGACUUUAGUAAGGUGGCAUUACCUCUCUCUCGGUUGUUGCAAAGAGAUGUGGAAUUUGAUUUGAAUGAAGAGUGCAUGGAGGCAUUUGACAAGCUAAAGAUUUCCUUGACCCAAGCUCCUAUUGUGAGAAGGCUUGACUGGAGUAGGUCAUUCGAGAUCAUGUGUGAUGCAUCAAACUAUGCGGUGAGAGCGGCGCUAGCUCAGCACGAGGGUAAAAAUCCUUAUGUCAUUGCCUAUGCCUCUAAGACUUUAGAUGGAGCCCAGUCUAACUAUACUACCACCGAGAAGGAAUUGUUAGCAAUUGUCUUUGCCUUGGAUAAAUUCCGGGCUUAUUUACUUAGCUCUAAGGUGGUAGUAUAUUUGGACCAUAUGGCGUUGAAGUAUUUGUUGGCCAAGAGAGAAUCGAAACCAAGGUUGAUCCGAUGGGUAUUGCUUUUGCAAGAAUUUGACCUAGAGAUCAAAGAUAGGAAUGGUUCUCAAAAUUUAGUGGCGGACCACUUGAGUCGCCUAGAGCACACAACGGGCGAUUCCACUCCUAUCAAUAAUACAUUUCCUCUUGAGGGCUUGCUAGCAAUAUCCGAGGUGAUCCCUUGGUAUGCACCCAUUGCUAAUUACUUUGUUGCUCGCACCCUUCCUCUCGAUUUUUCUCAACAUCAAAAGGAUAAGCUCAAAAGCAAAUCCAAAUAUUAUGUAUGGGAUGACCCAUAUUUGUGGCGAUGUGGUGCCGAUCAAAUAAUUAGGAGGUGUAUACCACAAUCCGAGUUUCAAUCUAUUUUGGAGGCUUGCCACUUUUCUGAGGGUAGCGGCCACUUUGGUCCUCAAAGAACUUCUAGAAAGGAUGACAGGGCUGAUGAAGAAGUAUGGCAUCAUUCACAAGGUGGCCAGGCAUACCACCCCCAAACAAAUGGCCAAGCCGAAGUCUCUAACCGGGAAAUCAAGCGCAUAUUGGAAAAGAUUGUGAAGCAUUAUAGGAGGGAUUGGAGUUCUAAGCUCGGAGAUGCGCUUUGGGCUUACCGGACGGCUUAUAAGGCACCAAUUGGUAUGGGCCUGUUCCGAGUCGAAAGGAAGUUACAGUUGGUGGAGCUUGAGUGUCUUCGAUUGGAAGCCUAUGAGAAUUCAAGGCUCUACAAAGAGAGAAUAAAGGCAGUGCAUGAUAAAAACAUCAAAAGGAGAGAGUUUAGAGCUAGGGAGCUAGUCCUCCUUUAUAACUCUAGGUUAAGAUUGGUGCCAGGCAAGUUAAGAUCAAGGUGGGAAGGUCCUUAUAGAGUGGAGAAAGCUGAGCCAUAUGGGGUCUUACACCUGAGUCACCCUUCAAGCCCCAAAAUCUUCAAAGUUAAUGGUCAUCGUCUAAAGCUUUAUCAUAGAGAGAAGAUGAAAAGCAACAAAGAGGUUGAGGUGUUCCUUCUUGAGGACACACCCAAAGGCGAAGAGUUCUGA